AUGGACUUGCCGGAUGCACUUAUUGGGAAAAUCACUCUGAUAACUACAUUUACUGUGUUUACCGUAUUUGUGAUUUGGGUGAAUUCAUAUACAUUUUUUGACGACGAACUUUACAUUUACAAAUACAUACCAGAUCCACAGUGGGCGUUACUAUUCUGUGCACUUUGGGGGCUAUUUUUUAUCGGAGAUGACAGUCCGAAACAUGUCAAAUGUCAAAACCUAGAACACAAUAACUAUGAUAUUUUAUCAUCCUUGGAUAUGAAUCAAAUGUAUGAAGAUGUGGUUAAAACUAUCAAAGGAGAAGUAUUUGCGCACGAGCAUUGCACAGACUAUGGGAAUGGGAAAUGGGAAGCACAAGGGAAAAAGUUUCUUAUUCUUGAGGGAUUUACUGUAUUAAAUUUUAAGCCACUAUUAGAGUUAUGCAACUUAAGGUAUUACUUUGUCCUGGAAUAUGGUGAAUGUCUGUCGCGACGUGUACACAGGCUUUAUGAUCCACCUGACAUUCCAGGGUACUUUGAAGAGUGUGUCUGGCCAGAGCACUUGAAGUAUAGAUCAGAGAUGGAAAAGGACAAACGCGUUCAGUUACUGGACGGCACGAGCCCAGACACACUUGAAAUGGUUUUGAAGGACAUUGCAGCACUUGGGGGGAGACAAAUCACGUAA